CAGUAGCGGUUGACAAGGCGGCAGGAUUUGACGCAGAACAGAACGCAGAAGUUGGUCCUUAUUCUAUGACGCAGACUUUUGUCGGCAGGUGCUUCCUUUGAAGAGCACUUGACAGUGCCUGGUCGACAUGGCUGGAAUAUCGGCAGCCAACCUCCUGACAUGCCGAGACGCCUCUAUGCUGCUAAGUGCAUUUAACAUGGUCGCCAACGACGACAGAAGCGGCGAGGUGAAGCAGUUGUUUUUCGCCCCCGGACGCCAGCGCUUCGAGCUCCUUCGCUGGGUGCUCACCGCCAUCGACCCGACGGGAAAAACCGAGCGAGAACUGGGGGCCGGCGACGAGAGCUUAGAGGCGCUGAUAGAGCGCAUAACGUCGGUGCUGAAGAAGCUGAACCCGGCACGCGCCCGGGAGUUCGCCGCUUUCGCGGUAGGCACGGCCACCUACAGCGACCAGACGCGCCUCUGGCGUUCGCUUCUAGGGACGGCCGAGAUGGUCCAGAACUCCGAGGGGUCUUCGGCGUCGUCGACGUUUACCAGACCGGGCACCGCACGCAUCACCUUCAAGCCCACGGUGGCUUCCACGCCCAUGCCACAGGUUGAGCCAUCUGUGGCGUCGUCGUCCUCAGUCAAGCAUGAAGGGAAGGCUGCCAAGUGUCUCUGGCACUCUGACAGUGGAUCCGGGCCCAGUGCUAAGUUGGUAGUCGCAGAAGAGGACCCUCUGGAGAAGCUAAUUCAGAAGCUCGAGGAAUCAAUCUGCAUCGACAAGACCAAGUUGGCUGCUGCAGCCGCGUCGCAGGAGCCCGAGGAACCACCACUCGACGACCAGCAUUGUGCCAGCUACCGCCAGGCUGCCGAACGACUCGUCCGGGCCAGCCAAUGCCUGAUCCAGGGGCAGCCUUCUCGUGUUCCCCCUCUGGUGUUGGACGACGAAGACAGGGAGGUCGUCCCAGCGGCCAGGACUUCCCUCGGGGCCCUGCAGCGCAACUUGUUGCAUGCAACACUGCUCAAUGCCCUCGAAGGCCAUGCAAAGAACAGGCCACGAGGCACUCGGUUCAAGUAGAACUGAAUUAUAUAGUAUGUGUAUUGCAAUGAACUUUGUUCCACUUGAGGCUUGUAUUAAAUUCAUGUUUUAGAACUUGUAUAAAUUAUGUAUUUUACUUUAUUUUUAAUGUAAAAUUGUAUAGGGGAGUAUAGAUUAUAAAUUACGAGUGGGGUUGCCAUCUAUAGGAUUGCAGGAUCUAUAGGACAUUGUCAAACUUCUUGUCCCUGCUGCCUGCAUUUUCUGUCUACACUUGAAAAUUUGAACAGUAAACUGAAACCAGGUCCUUUCGGAAACGGGCGGCCAUCUGCGACACCCCGUGCUCUGUCGCUUUAAAGUUGAAUUCAAACCAGAUCUAAUUUCCCGGUGCAUGCCAGCAGUUGUCGCUUGCAGUUCAUUCGAAGUGGAAGGACAUGACAGAAUUCAGCAGUGGUCAAAUCUCCAGAUCGAAUCCCAUAGUUCAAUGCAAUGUUUUGGUUGUUCGUUUUGAAAAGGAGUAGAUCGAGGCAGCAUUUACCAUUUGUUUGUCCAUUCUUCAUAUUUCUCAUUCGUGUACAUAAACAUGACGUUAUUUUUACGCAUUUCACCUAAAUUUUAACCUAUCACUUCGUAUGUACACGAAGUGUCUUAUUUACACUUGUACACUGUUGUAAACAAAUAAAUCUAUGCUUAUAAACACGUUUUCACUGCUCUGGUGCUUAAAGGGCAACUCCGGCGAUUUUUUUACCAUGUCAACGUAAUGGAAUAUUUAGGUUCCCGAGACCCUCCUGUGACGUGGCUGAUAAAAUUGUUCCACAAAUUUGAACAUAAUUUUAAAUAAGCAAAAAAGCACAAAACCGAAACCUGACCAAGCAGUCGAGCGAACCUCUUCGUGUGACGUCACGAGUGCACCCCCGGCGGGGAAGGCAUGCGACGCAUGCCGGUCUCGCCUGCGGGGCGAACGAAACCGGCGAAGAGCAGACGCUCGGCUUAUAUAUGACCGCGCCGGACCUUCGGGUGACAUUUUAAGCUGCACCACCUCUUCGGAACAGUGACACCUAUGAUUCUGACGAAUUCAAUAGCCACGAAUCGCCGUUCGCAUUCGACCCACCACCACAAGAGCCAGCGCCUAUGUGCAACUUAUCGCGCUGCAACGUGAAGACCAAGCGUAACCCUAACCACUGAUUUUAUACGUGCUGCUUGCUAUUUUAGGUGUUUUACCCCUUCUGAGGAAAGCGCUUGGUAUCCUAACUAAGUUGUGGAGGACGUCUUUCCGCACUUGUAUCCCGCAAGCACGCAGCUGACAGUCCAAAACACCGAUCCGGUGCAUUUGUUUACAUCGGCAGGUACAUCGACCGCUCUUCGUUCGCUUUAGAUAUAAUGCUAGCCACUCAUCAGUGCCAUCAAAUAAUUUCAGAACAUGGCAAAACACGCCGAUUUUGUGCAUGUAAGCACCAUUGCGCGUUGCUUCUGAGUUGCGCUGAGAUGAGCGACCACACACCUUUGAAAACAGCGAGCGGGAGGCCGUAGUAUGGGAGCGUUCUUAUGCUGCCUACUUAUCGUUCUUUGUAUUCUCUUCAUGCACACAAUGUAUCCCAUAAGUAGAUACAGACGAGCACUUUGCGCGUAUCAUCGUUCAUUUAGAGAACACAUCGUUUUGGAGCGGAAACGCCGAUGUAACACCGUUGGCAGCUGUAUGAGGCGGUUGUUUACGCUGCGGUAUUGAAGGGUUCUCCGCUUGCUGCCAAUUCAGGGUAUACGAGGCAAACAGUGCACUUUGGAAGCUAAAUAAUGAGUCAGCACAACAAUUAUUACGUAAAAAUAAACCCAUGUUCGUAGUCAGAUUUAAUUUAGGGAUGCGCCGGCGAGUGUGCGACUGGCCGCCUUCGAGAACGGCAACGUGUGGUUGUUGCUAGCAUGUCGUGUUGUCGCUUCAAGCUUAUUGCGUGUGCACUGUACGAAAUGAGGAAUAGUUUAUUCUAAAUCCGUAUGGUCAAAACAACUACAGAAGCAGUUUUCAUCCUAAUGGCUUAAUUAGCUUCAGGUCAGUCGCUCAGGUCUGCCAGCAAUAUAGGCGCACGUACUCGGCAACUGUGUUACAGGCUUAACCUCGGCUGAACGCGAUCGGCAUCGGCUCAAACUGUGUGCGGAUGGUGAGGGCUGAAUUCAUGCAGCCAACAACGCGACCCCAUUUACCGCCGCCCCCAUCACUUGCCCGCGUCCACAGGAAACGCAACUUCUCGUGCCAAGCACUAGCUCACGAUCGUCGACUCCUCCACGCUUUCGCCGCUGUCAUCUGCAUGAUCCGGCAUGCUCUGCGUGGAACAUUCCUGAUGUCACUCGCAAUGUGGCCUGUAACUGAGGAGGAGGUAAGGUAGGGUGUUCGAGGCAGUUAAAUAAAUUCAUUUGUAAAAAAAAAUCUGUGCAACUCUCAAACCUGCUUUUUUGAGGACAUGACAGAAGUGUGCGGAGUAACGUAGCCAGCGAAUUUCGACAUACACUGACAUCGAAAAAUCACCGGAGUUUCCCUUUAACAGGAUCCAAGGCCACACCUGCCUUGGCAGAGAUGUAUGUAUGGAUAUGCUGGGUGUCUCGCAUAAUUUGUGCCAAAACUAAAAAGUAUGCAAGUGCCAUGUAGUUGCACAGAACCUAGGUAACAUUGCUUGCCAUCACUUGCAGCAAGUAGGAAAACACUUUUAUGUAGCAUGUAUGCAGCAACAACAAGCUGGAUCUGUAAUUUUUCAGGGUGGUCUCCAAUUUUCUAAUUGACACUUUUGCUCGGAAUAUAUUUAUGUGAUUGGGCGAAGUACAAAAAAUUGUCUGACUUGCUCCAAAGCAAUGGCAAACAAAUUACCUUGGUUCUGUCCAGCAACAUGGCACUUGCAUAUUUUGAUUUUGCUGGAAGUUAAUGGGACACAUGGUAUGUUUAUAUGCAUUCAUGUAUUUGUACAUUUUUGUUUGGCCAGAAAAUGAGUGCUUCUACUUAUAAGUUAUCGCUAAUACUAUGGCAAGCCCACAAUUUCUCAUUAGUUUUGACACGUGUUGUUUAUCUGUUGAGGUGCAUUGCAACAAGUGUGUACACCUAGUGCCAAUUUUGUGGAUAUCGUAAUAAUUUUGUUGAGCACUACCUGUGUGUUUUGUAAGGUGAUGGGAGGCUGAUAGCUUUGCGUUCGCACAAUGGCUGCCUAAUUUGCAUCUGUUGCACACCAGUCUCAGAUGUUUGACUCGCAGGUUAGAGAUUAUGCAACUUAAGCAAUGAGAGGUGGAUUGAUGGUGUGAAUCCAUAGCGGCGUGUGGGAACAGCAAACUAAGGAUUACAGAAAAAUUAUUCACAUCCCACACACAGUGGGAAUCAAUGCUAUGCGAAGCAUUUUGCAGCUAGCUGGCUCUCCAGCAUCCUUUUGCGUUCUGCAAUGCACUACCAGAUGGACCAACGUGUUUGUGUAAGGCAAAUUGCACAUGUGACAGCAGCAAGAUUGUACGAAGGUGAUAGCAUGGUGACCGUUUUUGUUUUUUAAUCCAGGGAAGAAAUGUUGCUUGCUGCAUUACAACUGAAAUCCCGAAUCCACUACAAUGUUGUAGAACACCUACGUAGCAUUAGUCUGUAUGAUGAAAGGACUGGGGAAUGUACAUGGAAGGAGAAAAGAACUAGGAUAGAGGCUUUCUGCAACACAAUUGAAGCCAAACGAGUUGGCUCGACAUGUGAUCAUCACUUCAGAGGGCAUGGUAGGUUUUAGCGCUCCCGGUCCGUCCAUGCUCUGCAGACACGGAAGCCGAUUUAAAAGUGUGCAUUGAUGAAAAAAUUGUGAAGCAACGCUCAAGUUGAGCGGUUACUUAAAUGCUUUACAACUAAAGGCAAUGCAUACAAUUUCGUUUAUGUUCGUCCAAGGCAACGUGUAAUCUCAUGGAAUGUAUGUUCAAGCACCACAAAGGUCACGACUUGAAUUUUGUGCAAUUUUUUGUGUUCACGCACUGCACCUCCACGGGCUAUUCCGAAUCGGAAACGCCAAAUCUGGUAGAUGUGCAGAUUUGACAGAUUGUGUUUGUGCAGCAGGUGCCAUGCCAGUUCUGCACUGGCAGGAACCAGUUCACAACAUGCAGGGUGAAUCAAAUGGACCCUAAGUAAAUCAAGUAACCCGUUAAAUAAAGCAUUGAAAGAGUUGGUGCACGCUCACGAUUAUGUUGCGCUGAGAGAACCUUUUCUCUUAACAAAAAUAAAAAGUUGGUAGUUUAGCGCUUUGUUCGUCUGCGUCCUUGUUCCCUUCUUUGUAGUCUUUUACCCAUGUAAAACUCAGUGCACUGUAAUUGUGACAGUUAAAUGUGAUUCGCCAUUUGAUUAACCGAUCGGUCUGCUUUAGGGAUGCCUGCGAGCCAGCAUUAUAUGUUCAGGUUUUAUGUAGGAGGUGUUUUUGUUUCGGACAGAGGUGCGCACGCUUGGUCAGCAUAUAAAUGUUAAAUGAGCCACUUUGCGGGUAUGUUCAUGUAACCUCUGUGCAUACCGCCAUAAAUAUAACCGCCAAGAUAGCAACCGAACCAGCAGCCCGGAAGCCACGUCAAACCAGGGUACGUAGGCAAAAAAGGCACCUCUGUAAAACCUUCUGCAACCAAACAUUCGCAGCCAAUGUGGUGAGACUCUGGGGGAGGG